AUGUCUACGAUGAGCUCUCGUCCCAUGUGCAACCAGGACUGCCCUGGCUGCUCCAACUGCCUUUCCGUGGCUCCUUCUAGCAGCGGCCGAAGAGGCUCCUACACCUACUACUCGCGAACUGAGACCUUCUUUGUGAGCAGUGGCUCCCCGAGCGAGAUUGGGCCCACGCGCCGCAGCUCUCAUGGGUCUGGUGAUAUGGAUGAUCUGCAGGACAGAAUCAGCAACAUGAGCAUGGACAGCCCCUCCAAGAUCAAGCCCCGUCGCAGGUCUACUGGUGCUAGCCGCGUUCUUGAGGAUAUUGGCGAGGACUCUGUCGUUAGGUGUGAGUCGCCGACCCAGCUCCUCCUUCCCGCUCCCGAUGCCCCCCGCGAUGGUCGCUCCACCAUCUCUUCUUCUACUCAUCGCUCCAACCGCUCGCGUCGCUCUAGCCGGGAUAUCGAUCCCAACGACGACGAUGAUAUGCGGACUGUCAUUACUUUAAAGACUAUCGCUCCCUCCGAUAGCGUCAGCAACGUCGGGACCCGCGUCAGCAAGGCAACUCGCCGCAGCUCUCACCCUGAACGUGAUCAUGGCAGCUCCAAAGUUAGCACCCGGACCCGAGAUGACGAUGAAAGCACUAUUCGCGGCCAUCGUCCCAAAGACUCGUCGAGCCGGGUUAGCUCUUCUCGCCACGGAGACGAUCGAUCUCGCGUGGCCUCUAGCGUGGCUAACUCCCGCACCGGAGCGGCCAGCGAACUCACUAGCCGCGUUGGCUCUCGCGCUGGUAUCAGUGAAAUUGGUAGCAAGGCGAGCACCCGUCACAGAGACCAGGAUGCAUGCACUAUGCUCUCUUCUCGCAUUCAAGAGGUCGACGACAGUGUGGUGUCUCACCGUGCUCCCAGCAUGACUCCCAGUCGCCGCGGAUGUAGCAAUGAUUAUGUUUCUGACGUCACUUCUCGCCGCGGGUCUCAGGACAACUAUGCUCCCAGCAAAUGCUCUCGCCGGGGCUCUCGCGAAGAAUACUACGCUGGUAGCACGGCUUCCUCUCACCGUACUUCCUGCGAUAAGUAUGCCCCCAGUGCUACCUCCUCUCGCCACACUCGGGAUGAUCGUUCCUUCGUCACCUCGCAUUCGAGAAGCAGCUUCGCCUCGCUUAUCGCCGUGCAUCACGAUUUUGCCAGUAGGAGCACUCUAGUCCUAGCUCUGAGAGUCAGUCCGCACGAUCAGGACCUCUUUCAACAAUUUCAGGAACGCCACUCGCGCUUAGUCGGUCACCCACUCUUUGUACUCACCCUUCUCUUCGAAAUCAGUCUGAAUGAGAACUUUCCGUACGUGCAAAAGAUCCGUCGUGAGCUGAGUGCUAUUGAGAAGGCAACAGGGCAGCACGGGUGGCUUGAGAUUCCAGCGGUCGAAGCACUGGCUCAUGACAGCGAGCUGUCUCGACUGGGACACGCAGCAGAGAUUCAUGUCUCGAUUUUUCGUCGUCGUUUGGACUUCUUAGAAUGCUAUCUCGAGUCAAUUCAGAAGACGCUUAAGGAUCUAGAAGAACCAAUCUCACGGUCUUCCAGCUUGGCUGUCGGUCUGAAGAAUGAGCAUGACCAGUGGCUUCAAAAUAUCGCGGUGCAGUUUAAAUUGCGACAGGCUGAUUUUACCUACUAUCAGCGGCGAGUCGAUAAUCAAAUCACUGCUAUAUACGGACUGCUAUCGCAACGCGAUAACAUGCUCGGGGUCUCCGUUGCCGUCGAAUCUAAGAAGAUUUUAGAGGCGUCGAAGCGCGAUGGCUCUGCCUUGAAAUCACUCACUGUUCUUGCCACGCUGUUCUUCCCGGACACCUCUAUCGCAACUCUUUUCACUCUCCCGCAUUUCACCAGGACACCGUUGUGGGUCUACUAG